AUAUUUCCAUAACUGUUAACUGACAAUGAUUAUUUUCUAAAAAAGAAGUACGAUGCUUUCAUUUUAGAAUUCCUGAAUGGCUCACUAUAUUAUAUACAUCUCUGAGGAGAUAUGUUCAGGAUAGUUCCAGUAAUUGCACAGAUUUAGCCUAAUCAUAUACAAAACGUACAAGACGGAAUGGCCUCUGCUGAUGAGGCAAACAUGGCAUGAUGUCAGACCGAUACCCAAUAUUUUUAUUCAACCAUCAGAGUCAGCGUCCCUUUUGUUUGGAAGAUCUGUCAAUGCGAACCUGUCUGCAGCCAGUAGACAGACAGUUAGCUGGACACCUGGUCAUUAAUCCGUCCAUUCUUUAGGUCAGUUCUAAUAGAUACCCUGAGAUAAUGAGGCUAAUGCUGAUUAGCUCAAUGGCCCAAUGACUAUUGUGUCACACAUGCACACAAGGACACAGUGUAACAGAAGACACAGCACUUGAAAGCCCUUAAAUAUAAACCUGCCUUCAAAUAAUUUAUAGACACUGACUUAUGACAUCAGACUCUCUCUUUCACACACAAACAUAAACAUACAGGGGCAGAGGCAUAUGCAGGAGCAGAGCCAUUUUUUCCUGUCAUUUCUCAGCUGCAGCAGUCAGCUGCAGGUCACAUGACUGGCUGGGCUGGUUCUCAGUGAGCAUGCUCAGACCCCUCAGUGUUGUCAGGCAAAAUAAGACAGCAGCAGCAGGAGCAGAGAUCUGCAAUAGAUAAACACACAGACCCUCACACACACCAGCUGGCUUGCUCGCAGACACACACCACCGAGAGAAUUGAGAGGCAGACGCUACAGAUGUGGAGGAUUUCAUCUCUGCUUUCUCUAAAUACCUUAUUUUAAUGGACUCAUCGUCAGCCAUCAUUUCAGUGGAAAAACAGCCACCGAGGCAGAGAGGCAGGUGUGCCCUUUAAGAGGGGGAGCAGCUGAGGCAAGGACAGCAUCCAAGUCUCCAUCCUCUGUGGAGGUUGUGCAGCCCUGAAGAGUGCGAGAAAGAGGGGUGGUGGGUCGAAGCUCUCCGGUUUUCUGUUCUCGUUCCUUCCAUCUGGAAAAGGCUGAAAUGGUUGGCAGCGUUCACGGGCCUAAACCUGUCUGAGUGAGCCCUAUGAACACAAGAUCCAAUGGCCUUUGCACAAUGUGUGGGCCCAAAGGACAUCAAGGGCCAGUGUUGGACAGACGAGGAGUCGGACGGAGAGAAUGAGUCGGAGCAGUUCCUGUACGGCAUUCAGGGGAGCUGUGCCGCUGACCUGUACCGUCACCCUCAACUGGAUGCUGACAUCGAGGCAGUGAAAGAUAUCUACACUGACAGUGCUGUCUCUGUCAGAGAGUAUGGAACCAUCGACGACGUGGACAUCGAUCUUCACAUUAACAUCGGUUUCUUAGACGAGGAGGUUGCGACAGCUUGGAAAGUUAUCAGAACAGAGCCCAUUAUUCUGAGACUGCGCUUUUCUCUUUCUCAGUACCUCGAUGGACCUGAGCCGUCAGUAGAAGUGUUCCAGCCCUCCAAUAAAGAAGGCUUCAGCUUGGGCCUGCAGCUCAAAAAGAUCCUGAGCACGUUCACCUCUCAGCAGUGGAAGCACCUCAGUAAUGAGUUCCUCAAGGCCCAGCAGGAGAAGAGGCACAGCUGGUUCAAAGCCGGAGGGACCAUCAAGAAGUUCCGCGCCGGGCUCAGCAUCUUCUCCCCCAUACCCAAGUCUCCAAGUUUCCCUCUGAUCCAAGACACAGUUUUAAAAGGGAAGCUGAGUGUCCCUGAGCUGAGAGUGACCCGUCUGAUGAACCGCUCCAUCUCAUGUACCAUGAAGAACCCUAAAGGGGAGCUGUACAGUUAUCCCCCAAACAGCCAGACUGUGGCUGUCCCGGCGGCCAGGGCCCCAGCGCAGAUUACCACGAGGCAGCUGAUUGAAUUGUUUUUCUCAUCCCAGGCGGGCGGCCACUGCAAGAACAUCCCUACCUUGGAGUAUGGAUUCUUAGUGCAGAUAAUGAAGUACUCGGAGCAGAGGAUCCCCACGCUCAACGAGUACUGCGUGGUCUGUGACGAACAGCACGUCUUUCAGAACGGAUCCAUGCUGAAGCCUGCGGUGUGCACCAGGGAGCUGUGUGUGUUCUCCUUCUACACUCUGGGUGUGAUGUCUGGAGCUGCAGAGGAAGUGGCCACUGGAGCAGAGGUGGUGGACCUACUUGUGGCUAUGUGUCGAGCAGCUCUUGAGUCUCCUCGUAAGAGCAUCAUCUUUGAGCCGUACCCAUCAGUCGUCGACCCCAAUGACCCCAAGACUCUGGCCUUCAACCCAAAGAAGAAUUAUGAGAGACUGCAGAAAGCACUGGACAGCGUCAUGUCCAUCCGGGAAAUGACCCAGGGCUCAUACCUGGAGAUCAAGAAACAGAUGGACAAACUGGACCCUCUGGCCCAUCCGCUGCUGCAGUGGAUUAUUUCCAGUAACAGGUCUCAUAUUGUCAAGCUGCCGCUCAGUAGGCAACUGAAAUUCAUGCACACCUCCCACCAGUUCCUGCUGCUCAGCAGUCCCCCGGCCAAGGAGGCUCGUUUUCGAACUGCCAAGAAAUUAUACGGCAGCACCUUCGCCUUCCAUGGUUCCCAUAUAGAGAACUGGCACUCUGUUCUGAGAAAUGGACUAGUCAAUGCCUCUUAUACCAAACUGCAGCUGCAUGGGGCAGCGUAUGGAAAGGGCAUCUAUCUGAGCCCCAUCUCCAGCAUAUCUUUUGGAUACUCAGGAAUGGGGAAAGGACAGCACCGCAUGCCCACCAAAGAUGAACUGGUGCAGCGUUACAACCGCAUGAACACCAUACCACAGAGCCGACCAAUACAAUCAAGGUUUCUUCAGAGUCGAAACCUGAACUGCAUCGCUCUGUGUGAAGUUAUCACAUCUAAAGAUCUGCAGAAACAUGGAAACAUCUGGGUGUGUCCCGUCUCCGACCACGUCUGUACUCGCUUCUUUUUUGUGUAUGAGGAUGGCCAAGUAGGCGAUGCCAACAUCAACACCCAGGAGCCUAAGGUUCAGAAGGAGAUCAUGCGUGUGAUUGGGACCCAGAUCUACUCCAGCUAAUAGAGGUUCAGCAGCGACGCGUGGAUGGAUUCUUCUCUCUGGAGGAGGCACACAGGCAGGCAGGCUGAAAGAGCGAAUGUUUGGCCGAGUGGACCUCCGGCCUGAUCCUGAAGGCCGAGGCAGCUCUUGAGCACAUUGUUUCUAGAGUCUUUUUUUUUUGUUUUUUUUGCUGGUCCUCUCAUUUGACCCUCUCUCUCCUGUUGUUCCCUCUUUCCGAAUGAUUACAUGCUACAUGUUUAUUUAACCGUCAGUUAGGCUUGAGCCUGGUCAGAGUCUGUCCGCUUUUCUCAGUUCAUGACAUUUACAACAAAACUGUAACUCUGGUGAAGAAAAAACCAGGGCAGUCACUGGUCUGGCUCUCCACACGUACAGUAUAUUCACACACCCACUUUCAAAUCUUGGAUCAACUGGGCUUUCUCCUUCUUGCUGCACUUCCACUGAUCCGUUGGACUAAUUAUCUCUAUUUAUCAUUUCUCUUUGUGAAUAUCUAGUAAAAAAAAAUAAUUCCAAACAAUAAUUAAAUCCCUUUGUGGUUGGAUGGAUUUACAUGCACAUAGAAGUUUGUUAUCUUAUUGUGUUUACGAAGGCAUUAUCUCUGAUUUCAUUUUCCUCAACGAAAGACAUGAAUUAAGCUUCUGUGAACUUAUGGUUAUCUGACAGGGAGCAGGCAGCGCUCUGUUGUUUUUGUCCUUGUCUGACUGGAUGAAGCUGCCAGAGUCCAGUAAACGAGGCGUGGCUUGAAGUUACGUACACUAUGGGCACUUUGAUUAUCAAAUGUAAAAAAAAAACGAAGCAGUUAACAGUGUUGUGAUUUUUCAUGACAGGAUCAAGACCGUUCUGAUCGAUGAUGCACUUUCAAAACCUCACAGCUCCUCAAACAAAAACCCUCGAGUUCUAUCUGACUGGACAAACAUGGGAAAUGACAGUUUAAAUAAGAACAAGUGUCCUGAAAUGUCCUUAAAUCUUUAUUUAAUUAUAUUUUUGAUUAACAAUAAUGAGAUUAGACCCUGUAAUGUAAAAGCGUUUAAUUCAUUGUUUAGUUUUACAGAGGGUAGCCUGUGUUCCACUGGACAUUAUUUUUGCACAGUCAUGCAUUUGUCUGAAAAUAUGAUCCUGUCUUGAUAUUUUGACAAAGAUAGGAUUAAAAAUCUGUUUGUUUAAUCAGGCAUUUUUUUCCUUUCGACAUUUUAUUUUUCAAUAAAUCUCUUUGUGUAUGAUCUACACUUCUCAUUGGAUUAACAACUUGCAAAAAAUCACUGUACAGAAAAACAUUUUACAGACAAUUUAACCAAACUAUCUACAGACAGUAUCCAGUCCAGGUGAGCUCACAUCCCUCCCACUCCGACCUAACGGACACUGGAUGUUACAGAGGUGCAUUAAAGUGCAGCUCUUUGAGAACCUUGUAUAGCUAAUCAAGUUUAUCAGUUAGUCAUGUACUGUAUGUAUGUAUGUAUGUACGUAUGUAUGUAUGUGUGGGUUUGUAUUUUCUUGACAUUAUACUAGACAUUGCACUUAUUCAACGUUUGCCUAAGCUGGAGAAAAGGACUGUCCUCGGACCUGCAGCAGUGGAGGAAAAGAGGGGAAAAAAAUAUUAACGGAGUCAGGAAAACUAUAUUAUUCAACAUCUUAACUAUGUCUGUACUAAUAUGGGCUUUCAGUGUUUCCUGGAACUAAAGAUUCCGACUACUGAAUGGACUCUGAGGCACUGAAAGAGAGCGAACUGUAAAUAAGGACAAUGGGAGGACUCGUUUAACCAUUUUGCAAAGAAAGAGACGGGUGUGUACAGUUGACUGUGCUAGAAACUGAUGCCUGUUUUUUUUGCCAAGAGGUUUGAGCAUCUGAGAGAUUCUGUUCUCUCGCCGCCCUGUCUCUGGUGAGUAAUGUUUUCAGAGAUGAUGUCAACGACAAUGAUGGUGAUUAUGAAUAUGAUGAAAGGUGACAAUGCAGGAGGAAAAAAAAGAAUAAAGCCUGAUUUUGCACAGUUUUA